AUGGCCCUCCGCAAGACGGCCCUCCUCCUCUCCUCCCUCGCCGCCCUCCACCCCUCGUCUAGCCAACCCAUCGACGAGUGCCCCAUCUUCGGCGCCUCCUUCCCCGCGGCCUUCAACAUCUCCGCCACCAAGGCCUUUUCCUCCGCGCGCGCCGCCUUCCCCGCCGCCAUCGAGGAGCAGUUCUCCUCGGGCUUGCUCAACCGCACGCACACCGUCUUCGCCAUCGACGUCUUCUCCACCGCGACAAAUGAGUCCGUGUAUAGCUACUUCCAUGUCGGGGACGCGCUCAAGGGGGCCGUCGUGGGCGGGAAGCUCAAUGACACGACCGUUUCGAGGGUGGGCAGCGUGACGAAGCUGUUCACGGCGUAUGCGAUUCUUGCGACGGCGGGGAUUGGCGUGAUGGAUCAUCCCGUUACGAGGUAUCUGCCUGAGCUGGGGGGGAAUGGUGCGCAGAGCGAUCCGCUGGAGAGGCUACGCUGGGAGGAUGUCACCGUCGGCGCGCUCAUGUCCCAGCAGGGCGGCUCGGGCGGCGUGCCUGGCGAAGUGAUUCAGAACUGCACGGGAACGCCGGGCGAGUGCUCUAUCCCUGACUUUCUCAAGUUGAUGCGCAACGAGAAGCGUCCCACGAUGCCCCCGUUCCAACGGCCUCUCUAUUCAGACGGCGGCUGGGCCAUCCUCGGACGCGUCCUCGAGCGCCUGACGAACCUGCCGCUCAACGAUGCCUUGCAGAAGGCGCUGUCCAAGCCUCUCGACCUCAACUACACGGCAUACAUGAAGCCGCCCAGGAACGAUACCAAUGCGAUUGUCCUCCCGGGAUCUCUUGACGAAUCUUCUUGGGGCUACGACAACCAGGUCAUUUCAUCCUCCGGUGGCCUCUACACGAGCGUCGCCGACCUCCGCACCGUGGGCCUCUCGAUCCUCAACUCGGAGCUCCUAGCGCCCUCCACGACACGUCGCUGGAUGCACCCCCUCGGCAGCACCACUUCGCUGACCUUCAGCGUCGGCGCUCCCUGGGAGAUUCACCGUCUGGCCGUGCCCGUCACGCCCAAGUCUAACCGCACUCGCAUCAUGGACCUCUACACCAAGCUGGGCGCCAACGCCGGGUACAGCUCGUGCAUCGCGCUUUCGCCAGACCACGGCCUCGGCUUCAGCCUCAUGUCCGUCGGCGCCACCGCCGGCACCGACCGCAUCACCCUGCGCGACCUCAUCGGCGACGUUUUCCUCCCCGCCGCGGAGCACGCCGGCGCCGAAAACGCAGCCGCCAACUUUGCCGGCACGUUUGUGAACGAGAAGACGCCCGGGACCAAUGUGACUCUCACCGUGGACAAGGGCCGGCCGGGUCUCGGGCUAGCCAAGUUCUUCAUUGACGGCAUGGACGUGCGCGGAAACGUAACGACGUCCCCACCGCCGCCGGGCUCCAAGUUUGCGGUCCGCAUCUAUGGCGCGGGCAGCUCCUCGCCGGAUAACCUGCCCUCGGCGCUGUAUCGGACCCGCGGGACGGUUCGGUACAGCUUCCGCGCGGUGGUGGAGAAACUGCCGUUUAAGAAGCACACAGCGGCGCGGGGCGGAAAGAGCCUCUUCAUGAAUGAGUGCCUGUCGUGGUUUUCGGUUGGCUUCACGGAGAACAUUGACGAGUUUGUGCUCGAGGUGGUGGAUGGAAAGCUUCGUAGCGUUGAGCAUCCACUGACGAAGACGGUGAUGAAGAGGGUGAAGUAG